CAGAGUUGGGACCCAACCCUUGUUAAUCCCUGCACAUGGUUUCAUGUUACGUGCAACAAUGAUAACAGCAUUAUCAGAGUUGACCUAGGGAAUGCAGGAUUGUCUGGUCGACUUGUCCCACGACUUGGCCAACUUAAAAAUCUGCAGUACUUUUUGUUUAUGACAGGGAAUUUUUUGGUAAUAACAUCAGUGGAAUUAUUCCCAUUGACCUUGGGAAUCUGAAAAAUUUGGUGAGCUUGGAUCUUUAUUUGAACAGCUUCUCUGGUUCCAUUCCUGACAGCUUAGGGAAGCUGACAAAGCUGCGGUUUCUGAUAGCCGGCUUAACAACAACAGCUUGACGGGUGAAAUUCCAAUGUCUUUGACUAAUUUAAAUGCCCUGCAAGUUCUGGAUCUAUCUAAUAACCUCCUAUCAGGAGUUGUAUCAGACAAUGGCUCAUUUUCAUUGUUCACUCCCAUUAGUUUUCUCAAUAACCUGGAUUUGUGUGGCCCGGUUACUGGGCAUCCUUGCCCAGGAUCUACUCCGUUUUUUCCACCACUUCCUCAUCCUCCUUCUCCACCCUCUGUCCCGUCUCCAGAAGGAAAUGGUGCCACUGGAGCAACAGCUGAUUUAGUGGCUUCUGGUGCUGGUUUAUUGUUUGCUGCUCCAGCUAUUGGGUUUGCAUGGUGGCGUCGAUGUCGACGUCGAUGGAAAACUAAACAACAUUUCAUUGAUGUUCCUGCUGAGGAUCCAGAAUUUCAUCUCGGCCAGCUGAAAAGAUUUUCUCUGCAAGAACUAGAAGUUGCCACCGACAACUUUGGCAACAAAAACAUUCUGGGUAAAGGAGGAUUUGGUAAGGUUUACAAAGGACGCCUAGCAGAUGGUUCAUCAGUUGCUGUAAAAAGACAAAAAAAAGAGCGGACACCAGGUGGAGAGCUGCAGUUUCAGACAGAGUUAGAGAUGAUCAGCAUGGCUGUGCACCGGAAUUUGCUUCGGCUGCGAGGUUUUUGCAUGACGCCAACGGAACGCUUGCUUGUUUAUCCCUUUAUGGCUAAUGGAAGUGUGGCUUCACAUUUGGGAGAGCGUCCACCAGGAGAACCACCUCUUAAUUGGACUACACGAAAACGGACUGCUUUGGGAUCAGCUAGAGGGCUUUCUUAUUUACAUGAUCAUUGUGACCCAAAGAUCAUCCACCGUGAUGUAAAAGCUGCAAAUAUUUUGUUGGAUGAGAAGUUUGAGGCUGUUGUUGGAGAUUUUGGGUUGGCUAAACAUAUGGACUACAAAGAUACUCAUGUAACUACUGCUUUACGUGGCACAAUUGGACAUAUAGCCCCAGAAUAUUUUUCCACUGGGAAAUCUUCAGAGAAAACAGAUGUUUUUGGGUAUGGGAUCAUGCUUCUUGAGUUUAUAACUGGACAGAGGGCAUUUGAUCUCGCUCGGCGUAGAAAUAAGGAUGACAUCAUGUUGCUGGAUUGGGUAAAAGGACUUCUCAAAGAGAAGAAGUUGGACAUGUUGGUCGAUCCUGAUCUCCAAAACAAUUAUGCUGAAGCAGAAGUAGAGCAGUUAAUCCAGGUUGCUUUGCUUUGUACACAAGGCUCUCCAAUGGACCGGCCUAAGAUGUCAGAGGUUGUGAGAAUGCUUGAAGGUGAUGGGUUGGCAGAGAGGUGGGAAGAGUGGCAGAAGGUGGAGGUGGUCGGCCAGGAGGUUGAGCUUGCCCCACAUUGGAAUUCCUUAUGGAUUGUCAGCUCUACUGACAAUCAGCAUGCUGUUGAAUUAUCUGGUCCAAGAUGACCUUGUAAUGGCUUAGAAAAAAUAAAAAAACAAUCCUUUUCCCACUCCAUAUAUAUUUUUGGUUAUGCUUUGUGUAAACAUGGUUGGUUUGACCGAUAUUGUAACCAUACCGAAUUUGUCCUCCUUGUUACAUGCAAAGGGUCUUUUUACUGUUC